GCGAGGAUCGGUAGAAAUGACAGGACGGUGAUAGUCGACGCAGAAACAGGUGUUCUGCUGGUACAGUAGUACACAACCGCUGCUUCUGUGCAUGCAUUGUGAGCGGAGAUCCUACAUCAACGAGAAAAUCAAAAUAUCGGUCAGUGAUGUUCAGGGAGUAAAUGUGAAACCUAAAUUCACGCUCAACGUGUUGUCGCACAAGAAAUCGUAUCCCACACGACGUAGAAACCGUGUUGUUGGAACUUCGACUUUAUUUUUUGCGGCCACAAUUUUGACUAGUUAUACUCUCGCCGAUUUCGACAAAGACCCGAGUUAUGAAUGCGACAGCUCUGAAACGAGCAGGCACGAUUCUCGCGAUAUUUGAACGAGAGAGUUCCGAACACUCAGCCUGUGAACAGACAAACUUGUGGACCUCAAAGAGUCGGUUGCAGACAAGUUGUCUGAAAUUCCUUUAGAAAGCAAGCUCAAAAUCCUGAAUUGUCAUCAGUUUAUCAUCACCGACUUCAAAGGAGACUCGAGAUCGACACGACUGUGCCGAAAUCACUUGCUAUCGAAAUCGCUUGCUUCUAAAUAUCGCGGGUAAUUCUAGCUUAGCAGUUAAGUUACCAAGCAUUUGGAUUCGAAGGAAACCAUGAUCAGCGACACCAACCUCAUCGAGACGGUAUCUGAGGAAGCGGAGCUCCUUCAGACUGAGAACAACACCGAACAGCGGGAGAACCAAGACGUCUCGGACAACCUGACCAGCACUACCAACAACCGGCCCAACCAGGGGAAGAAUGUGGGCAAUCCACCGGCACCCAGACGGCGCGUCAUCGGUGACCGGCCUCGGCUGGUUGACCGUACCGUCAGCGAAGGCCAACUCCUGGUGCCUAAGAAGAACCUGCGACAGCAAGACUCCGAGGAAGAUCACCCAGACUUCUAUGAAUUCCGCGCUAAAGACAACGUAAUGAAAACUUAUUGGUUGCAACAGACCUUCAUGAGUUGGUGGGCCUUGCGAAGCACGCCAUUCGCUGCAGAUCUUCUUCCCUGCAAAGGGGGCGCUGGCCUGACCACCAAGUUCCUGAAGGAGGUUCUAGAAGUCAUCCUGGAGUACGUACAGGGAACCUUUGAUCGUUCCAGUAAGAUCCUGGAGUUUCAUCACCCCAACGAGCUGAGAGAGCGACUGCAUCUGGAGAUCCCUGACAAGGCUGAGAACCUAGACCAGAUACUGCAGGAUUGUCAGAACACGCUCAAGUACUGUGUUCACACAGGUCAUCCGCGCUAUUUCAAUCAAUUAUCGACGGGUCUGGAUGUGAUAUCAAUGGCAGGAGAGUGGCUUACUGCCGCUGCUAAUACUAAUAUGUUUACCUACGAGAUAGCUCCGGUGUUCACGCUGAUGGAGCGAGCCAUUCUCAAGAAGAUGCGGGAGAUAAUCGGCUAUAAAGACGGCGACGGCAUCUUUGCUCCCGGUGGCGCUAUUUCUAAUCUGUACGCCGUGAUGUGUGCCAGGCAUAAAUACGUGCCAUCGUGUAAACGCAGAGGACUCAGCGGUGCGCCAAAUCUAGUUCUCUUCACUUCAGAACAUAGUCACUUUUCGCUGAGAAGAGCAGCUGCAAUCCUUGGCAUUGGAACCGACAAUGUCGUCUACAUCGACACAGACAAAAGAGGCAAGAUGAGCCUAGAAGAUUUAGAGAACAAGAUACAGCAAGCAAUUGCAAGGGGCGAUAAACCAUUUUUCGUCAACGCGACUGCAGGUACUACUGUACUAGGUGCAUUCGAUCCGCUCAACGCCGUGGCCGAUAUAUGCGAGAAAUACGACUUGUGGAUGCAUGUCGAUGGAGCGUGGGGUGGAGGUGUCCUCAUGUCCAGGAAGCACAGACAUAAACUGGACGGCAUCCAUAGGGCCGAUUCCGUGACGUGGAAUCCUCACAAACUCAUGGGUGUGUUGCUCCAAUGCUCGGCUAUUCUGAUCAAGGAGGACGGAAUUUUAGAGGACUGCAACUCGAUGAGGGCGCCCUACUUGUUCCAGCAGGACAAGCAUUACGAUGUAUCCUACGACACGGGUGAUAAGACCAUGCAGUGCGGCAGGCACGUGGACGUGUUCAAAUUCUGGCUCAUGUGGCGGGCCAAGGGAACACGAGGCUUCGAGAAUCACGUCAAUAAACUCUUCGAGCUAGCCGGAUAUCUGCUGGAAAAACUGAAGUCGAGGGAAGGCUUCAAGCUGGUGCAUGAGAAGCCUGAACACACUAAUGUGUGCUACUGGUAUAUACCGCCCAGUCUAAGGGCCAUGGAGGAAGGAACGGAGAAACAGCUUCUACUUCACAAGGUCGCACCGGCCAUCAAAGCCCGCAUGAUGGCCACUGGUACACUGAUGGUCGGUUACCAGCCACUGGGAGACAAAGUCAACUUCUUCCGGAUGGUCUUCUCUAACCCGGCAGCCACCAAAGCGGAUGUGGACUUCUUGCUGGACGAAACAGAGAGGCUGGGCCGCGACCUGUGAUUGAUGAGGAGAUUGUAUAUGAUGGUAGUGAUGCGUGGGAUGGGAGAAAGGGGGGGGGGGGGUCAUGGAAGAAGCAGAUAGGGCUAAAAUUAGAAGCGUAAAAUUGGAAAAGAAAUUGUAAGCUCACGAACGUCGAACAGCAAUAAAACUUUAUUACUGCACACGGACCAAUUGGCUCUGCAACCUUCGAAAUACAUAAAUAAAUUACAAGUUAAAUGUAGGUCACUUUUAGAGAUAUGUGUGAAGAUGCGCUGUGUAGCUUAACGACGGCGUAGCAGGCGGGUUCCUGAUCUUGUUAUCAUAUACAAGAGUUUGAAAGGAAGAAGGAACCAGACAUUAAUGAUAGCACUCGCUGGUUCGCGUGCGCUUUUAUCAUCCAUUUACGUUGAACUGCGUAUCAGCGACUUUUGGAAGGAGUUUCAAAGACGACCAAUUUGAUAUUCAGUCAGCGUCAGAUUAACAAUAUCAGGAUCGAAUAUUCAUAAUCUGCUUCUGCCGAUUUUCCUAGAAUUUGCCAGAAAUGUUGAUCAGCUAAACAUCUAUAACAUGACGUCAUUUGGUUGCGCUGCAGUGUCCACAAGAGGGCGCUUUAUAUACAGAUAAUACUUUUCCGGAUUAAACCUAUUUUGGGCAUAAUUUGGUAAUUUUUUUGAAAUUCAAAUGAAUGCCUUCGUGUUAAUUACAGGCAUCAUUAGGGUCAAUAUUCAUCCGGUCAAACAAUCUUUGGCACCGAAAUUUACCGCUGGAGGGCGCUAAACCUAUUUUGGGGAAAAUUAGGCCUAAGCACAAGUGACAGUGUCAUUCAGAGAAUGUGACAAUCGCUCAGACAAUUUAGCGAUUAAUGUUUGUUGAAGCGAAAACAAAUUGUAGCAAAUCUAGGAUAUGUGUAACUGACAGAUCAUAUAGUGGAGUGAUAUGAUAUAGAAAGUUUGUCUUUUUUUGAAGAGAAAAAAACAGGCUCUGUAAUGGAAUUUUGUGUAACAGUAACUCGAGUAUUAUUUAUCGAAAAGUGUGGAUCAUGCAAUACAUAAGUUUAUUUGACUAAUUACGAUAACAUGCAUUACCGAUAGUAUUUUGAGCAUAAUUAUUAUAAAAUAUAGAACUAUAUGAAUAUACGAAUUUAUUGAAGAAAAUCAUUGCACAUAAUUAUAAAAUGUAUUGUAGAAAGUUUUUUUCUGUAGCUUUCUAUUUAUAUAGUGUAAAAUAUACGCCUGAAUUAUGCGAAUGUAAUUUUUGUGUUUAA